UGAAAAGUAGUGGUUGAGAGGUCGUUGAGGCUAUUUAACAUCUCACAAGCACAGCUAGGUUGAGUCAUCACCGACGAGCAUUUAACUUGUUUAAGAGAAUGGUUUGGUUAUAUAUAAGUGUGACUAAUGAGAGUGAUCAAAAUUAAACAAAAACUGCAUUUACAACCUAAGUACCACCCUCUCCUCUUCUUUCUAUAAAUAUAUAUUACACACAAUAAAUUUAAUCAACUCAUUCUCAAGUGCAUUUUUAAACAAACAAAAAAAAAACCCAAGUAACAAUGAGCAUAUUUUCUCUGGUGACUGGGAGACCUGGCCCAAGCGGCUAUGGAUCAGCCUCCACUGCCGAGGAAGUCACUGAAGGGAUUGAUGCAUCUAAGCUCACUGUUAUUGUCACUGGAGGUGGAAGUGGGAUUGGGUUGGAAACCUCAAGAGUUUUGGCUCUUAGGGGUGCCCAUGUGAUCAUUGCAGCAAGGAACACUGAUGCUGCAAAUAAAGCAAAACAAGUGAUUUUGAAUGAAAUAGAAAAUGCUAAAGUGGAUGUUCUAAAACUCGAUCUCAGCUCAACCAAAUCUGUUAGAUCUUUUGUGGAUAACUUCCAUGCUCUUCAUCUUCCCCUUAACAUACUAAUAAACAAUGCUGGUGUAAUGUUUUGCCCAUUCCAGCUUUCAGAAGAUGGGAUAGAGAUGCAGUUUGCAACCAAUCAUCUAGGUCAUUUCCUCUUAACAAGCCUUCUCCUUGAUAAAAUGAAAGACACAGCCAGAACCACUGGUAUUGAAGGAAGGAUUGUGAAUCUAUCCUCUAUAGCCCAUCUACACACUUAUGAAGGAGGAAUUCGUUUCCAAAAGAUCAAUGAUGAAAGAAGUUAUUCUGACAAAAGAGCUUAUGGCCAAUCCAAACUAGCCAACAUAUUACAUGCCAAAGAACUAUCCCGUCGGUUGCAGGAAGUCGGAGCAAACAUCACAGUGAAUUCUGUCCACCCUGGAUUGAUAAUGACACCUCUUAUGAGGCACUCUGCUCUUCUGAUGAGUGUGUUUAUGAUGCUUCACCUUUAUUUUACAAUGUACUUUAUAUAUGUAUGGACAGGGGGCUUCCACAACAUGCUACGUGGCAUUGGAUCCAAGGCUGAAAGGUGUAAGUGGGAAAUACUACUUGGAUUGUAACGAGAUGGAGCCAAGUGCAUAUGCCAGAGACCAAAAGCUGGCUAGGGAGCUCUGGGACUUCAGCAACAAGUUGGUUGCUUCUACUGCAAAGUCUUGAUCAAAACAACUACUUAUCCUCAUUUCACCAUUAAUCGUAAUGCUGUGUUCAUAAUUAGAAAAAUUCAUCAUAAUAAGAGUGUGCGUGAGACAGAGUCUUAGUAUUAUUCACGAUUCAUCAUUAUGUCUUGGAGGUCUCGAGUUAUUUACUUACUGGAAUGGAUUGUGUUCGUUGUUUCCAUUAAUAUUUGAUAUAAUAGCAAUUUCUUUCUUUCUUUU